ACGAACGGCCGGACUAGCCGACCUCAAGGCCUACCACGACAACGAGCACACACUCACCAGCGAAGAUAACGAAGACAACGAUGACGACGACCCCAGCACCAGGAAAACCGCGAGUUCAUGAGGGCCACUUAUGGUAGUGCGCUGCCGUAAUGUCCUCGCCCCGCAAGGGGAAACCGCGUCCACACUCAGUAAGAUAGCUUAACUACCCUUAAGGGAUUAGAGUAAGAAAUAGCCAGAAACUAGAAAUGCACCGAUCAGGGAAACCCAGGGCCCAGGGCACAUCAGUAGCACAGGGCAGGUUCUAACCAAACAAGGUUUCUUCCCCCCACCAGAUCCGACAUGGACAACCCAAGGACGAGCGACGCACAGCCUCUAGAGGCAGAGGAUGGCACGGAGGGGCAUCCUAGGGAUGCGUCGCCGCCCAGCUCAAGGCAACCACGGUCCACGACCAGCCAACCACAAGCAAGACACCACUCUCCGACCCCGCAAGCAGAACCGGGCAACACCACGCAGCCUGGACCAUCAACAGGAGCCAUACCACGACCACCCAGGCCACCUGGGCCAUCCCGACGUCGGGCCCGCCCCGAAGGCCCACCGUCGCCCCGCCGGGCGACAACCAUGACCUGGGCAUGGCUCAACGACGUCGUCCAUCCGAACACUUCACGAAACAGCCUGUCUAGGAUCAUCACAGUGGAGGCGAUGCGGCCAUCGGACUCAGACGAGGAGGUCCGAGCAGGCCGGGCCCAGCAGGAGUUACCAAGACGCCCACGCCGCCGCAAGCAUCCAGGCCAAGGAACAGGUACCGCCGUCACCCCACGCGCGACUCGAAGACGCGUCGAGCCAGGACACGUCAACCUGGACCCCAACUCCGAGGGGCAGAGCAGCUCCCCAGUCGCGCACAAACUGCGGCUGCGGUCCUCACCACCACCGCCCUAUUACCUGUACCGCAUUGGAGAACCGCUGACCCCACGGCCGAACUACGACAGCAGCUCCGACGAAGGGUUCACCAGCCCGACGAUGGAGGCCGACAAGCACUGGGAGCCGACCUGCCAGGCAAGCACCGAUGAAGAGUUCUUGCACGACCGACGCUUCGGAAAAGCGGGUGGCCGCCCAUGGGUCAAGCACUCCGUCCGGGAGCUAAACCGCCAACUGGAGGCCGAGCGGGCCACGACGGGCCCAUACUCGGACGUGAGCGAGGACGAAGAUGGGCCGGCCAACUGCCAGAAGAACACUCCAGCCAACAUCGCGGUUGACGUGGCACCUUGGACCACCUGGAAGGACGCCGACAGGACCCUGCAACUGCUGCUCGCCCAUCCACGGCCCAUCACCCCACCCAGGCCCGAGAGGGAGAUCAUCCCCGCGUCGGACAACGACACAACAAGCGACGACGAGGUACAGCUCCUAGGAGAGGACGACACCACUCCGCUACGGAUCAGCGACGGCAGUCUGGGCGAUGCGCUGCCCCGACGGCUCCGGAACCUCGGCCUUCAGGAUGAACACGAGACACUCACGGGUAAGCACGCCUGACCGCCGCAUCCCGCAAAGCCUGCUGGAAGGCGCCAGCGCUCAGGCAAACGCGGCGCGUCACGGGCGCAGCCGGAUCCGCAGCCUAGAACACCACGACGGCCAACGCUUCCGCGUAUGCAUCAGCGGAAAUUUGGUGCGCAUUUCACCGCGCCCCACCCCGAAGUAGGAAGGGAGUGUGAAGGCAUAAGCCUCCACAACACUGACCACGACACCAUCCCCUGGAGGGACCGCCCCGACGGCUUGUUAUCUAAUUGGUGGCAGCCGAAGGCGGCGGAGUAGCGAAGCGGCAGAGAAGCUGCGAAAAGAAAAGCCGAGGCCUGGCACGGUCCAGGGCGAGCCAAGCUCGGGAGUGAUCUCCGAGGGCUGAGCCAGACCGGUUGUGCGGCGGAAGCCAAAGUGUGAAAACUAGCCGUGACCGCGCCGUGUACGCAAUAAGCCGCACGCGGUGAAUAAAACCAGCUGUGACCGCGGUGUGCAAAGGAAGCCACCGAAGUGACGAGGACCCGCCGUGGGAGCACAGGACCCAAAGAAGGGACACAAGGAAGGUAUUGAGGCAUUGUUUGCACUAAAACCUGUGGAAAAGUCAAACAGUCAACAGCUUCGCAGCCUAGUCUAUAAGGCAUCCGCUAUCUUGAGCUCGUUGGAGUCAAUCAGCAAACCUGAGAAUAUUAUUCACUGUAUGGUUAUAUUUAUUGUAAUGGAAAAGUGUGAUCAGCACUUUCGGGACAAGUGGAAGGAAUCGCAGGACUACAAAACUCUGCCAACCUAGCUAACAUGCACAUUGGUACGCCACUGUCAGUUUCUUCAUUCGUCUGGAAACUCGGCUGGUUCUUUGGUCAAAUCGUCUUUCUAAUCACCAAAUAAAUUCGUCGUUUGCUGUCACUAAUCCGUCUUGUACACUUUGUUCUAGUUCUGGCCAUAAAAUCACUAACUGCCCUCAGCUCAAGGCUAUGAACAGCAACCAACGGUACGACAAUGCAAAACGCCUCGGUCUUUGCAUCAAUUGUCUUGGAAGCGGUCAUAGAGUGUCACAAUGUUCAUCGACUCAUCGUUGCCGAUCCUGUUCUCGGACUCAUCACUCAUCUUUGCAUCACUCUCAGCCGCAACAGUCACCCCAAUCAUCAGCAGGACAAUCUUCAACGACAGAACCGGUACUCCAACCAGCAACCCUCCUGACAAACGUCUGCCAGAUAGUGAGAUAUACAUGUCGAAUUGGAACCUAGGAUCAAAUUGUUCACUUCUAAGUCAAGAGCACCAGUGAAGAAACAGUCUCCGCCGAAGCUUGAACUAUGCGGUGCACUUCUACUUUCUCAGUUGCAUAACAAAAUCAAGGCCAUAUUCAGUAAACACAUUUGGUUAUGAAUUAGUGGACUGUAUAAUCUUUUAAUAUA